UAGCCUAGUAGUCAUAUGGAAAUCAUUUCAACACGUCAAUCAAAAAUUUAAAUAGAAACCCAUAUUUUCCAUCAAAUAGUUAUGUCUUCCUAAAAUAUCUUUUUUACAAUUUGCCAAAAACAAACCCGCUCUUUCGCCGCUAAAUUCGACCAUAAAUAAUUGGAUGCAUUUCGGCUCCACAACAACUGCAAAAUGCGACCAUCUCCAAGCUGCAUGACUCUUAGUUCUGCGAAUAUUUGCCAACGUUGUCCUUAUGGGGAAGAACGCCGCAAUAUGACUCUAGCAAGAGCAACACUUGGACCUUUUCCUGACGAGUGGAUCCUAUCUGGUUUGGAUAAAAUCCUCUAUUUCUGCGGGAUCAAGAAUGUUUGCGAUUUGGUUGAGAAGUUUCCUUUAGAUACCGAUUUUUUCUUAACCUCGUCGGAUUCUGAUUUGGAUUCGAUUGCUCCGAGGUCCUUUGAUGUUAUGGGAGGAGGCCACGGAACGAAAGAUGGACUAUCCGAGUCAGCCAUUGUUGUAGAUGAGGCGGAUAAUAUUGUAAAGGUGGAGAAAGUGAGUGCCAUUUCAUUAGAUGAGGAAAAGGAUAACAGACAUCUUCGGAAAUCAUUGGACAAUAUUCAAAGAUCGGUUUCGCUAAUACAGCAAUCACUGGAUCAGGGACACGAAACAGGUCACAAGAAAUCGUCCCAGUCGAGAAAACUAGGAGGUGAGACCCAAACUUCCAAAAGCAACCGUUUCUCCAAUGAAUCAAUCCUGAAGAACAAGAAGCGAUCGAUUCUCAAGCAUAGUUUAGGAAGUGGAGCCCCAGUUGGGGCUGAGGCUCGAAAUCCUGGUUCACACAGUGAUCCAAAUCUAAGCUCUGUCUCUCAAGGAGACACCAAAGGCAAAUUGGUUACAAUUUAUUCAAGCUCCACGAUUCCGAGUCAUUCGGAAGGUGCCCCACCUCCUUUGAGUAAAGGUAGCGGAGUACGAGCUUCUUCUAUCCAAAAAUCGUUACCAGGAUCAAAAUUACAAAACAAUGGAUUGCCUGAAGGAGAAUCAGGAGAACCGAAUAAAAUAGCUCGUUUCAGUGAUCCUUGUCGUCCGAAAAAGCUCCCAAAAAUAAUUGGAACAAGAUGGGCUAUGGCAAGGAUUAAUUUAUUCAAUGACUGCUCAAGGACAUAUGAAAUACUUGAAAUUAAGGGAAGGUUACCUCGUGCCGUUAUACCAUGUAAAACGGUGGUGUUUUUUGCUGUUUUGCCCGAUGGCUCGACAAUUUGUUAUGAUUACGUGAAAUCAAAAAAAUUGUAGUAAAUCCUGGGAAUAU